AUUUCCUACAUCAUUUCGAUCUCAUCUAGACUCCUACGAAAUGACGAACAAAAUAGCUUGUUUUCUCGGUUACUUGGCCAUUCUUAGCUUGCUAUCGGCAAGACCUAUUCUUUGUGAUCAAUCACUCGAAACUGCUCCUUCGUGCACGAUUAUCAUUGCAGAUGCUGCUGCUUGCCUACCGUAUAUUACACAAGACUCUCCUUCACCUUCUGGGCCUUGUUGCGAUGGAAUCAAGAGUAUGGCUGGCAUGGCUAACACUCAUGAGAACGCGAUGAACAUUUGCAAUUGCUUGAAGUCGAAUUUGGCUGGUUUUCAGUACAAUCCUUCACUCAUUGCUGCAUUGCCUAAGAAAUGUUCUGUCAAUAUCAAUCUUCCCCCUAUUUCCAAAAACAUUGACUGCUCCAAGGUCGGUAUUAGGCUAAUGGCGAUCCAACAAACUCAAAGAGAUGCUAAGCUGCACAAUCUUAAGAAUGAUUAGCACUACAACUUUGCAGGUGUUACAAUCAUAUGUGCAGCGAGUUCGACUGUUCGAAGAAGUCAGGAAGACAACAAUAUAUCAAAGAAAUAAAGCAUGAUUAGAUCUAUGUAGUUGAUUACUUUGAAAUAUUCCGAGUUUUAUGUAUUUCUGAUUCGGUAAACUAUAUAAAUACUCGAAUAAUAUGAUCCAAUUACAAG